ACUCCCACCCCCAAACCAUCCAGACAGCCCAGCCCUGUCCCCUCCCCAAGCCAGGCCUAGCUUAGUGGGGGGCCUGUGACCAGCCCUCCUGCAAGGCAGAGCCCCUGCUGGGGAGGAGACCCACUGCGAGGUGCUGGGGGAGGGGCAGGAGCAUCGCAUCAUCUAACAGGUUGGUCGGGCUGGGAGGCGUCCCACCCUCCUGCAGCUAAUGAGCACUAUGUGACAGGUGUCUGCACCUCAGUCCCCAGCUUGCUCUGGCUGCGACAGGAGGCAGCCGCCUGCCACUCACCUCCUCUUCAAGGCUCACUUGUUCGCCUGCUCAUCCAGCCCCUGGGCCCUCCCGCUCCCAGGCCGGGGGUAGGGGCCAUCAUGGCCUGCCAAUCCUGUGUCGUUGGCUUCAGCAGCCUCAGUGGCUGUAAGGUGACCCCGCUGGGCAGCCCCCGGCCUGGGACCUCUGGAUGGAGCAGCUUCAGGGCCCCCAGACCAGGCUUCAGCGCCCGAAGCCUCACAAGCUGCUGGCCGGCCAGCACCAUCCCCAAGGUGACCGUGAACCCCAGCCUGCUGGUACCCCUGGACCUCAAGGUGGACCCAGCUGUCCAGCAGCAGAAGAGCCAGGAGAAGGAAGAGAUGAAGGUCCUCAAUGAUAAAUUUGCCUCCCUGAUCAGCAAGGUACAAGCCCUAGAACAGCGAAACCAGCUGCUGGAGACCCGCUGGAGCUUCCUGCAGGGCGAGGACUCAGCCACCUUCGACCUCGGGCACCACUAUGAGGUGUACCAGGGUCAGCUGCAGGAGGAACUGCGCAAAAUUAGCCAGGAGAGGGGACAGCUCGAGGCCAACCUGGUGCAGGUGCUGGAGAAGGUGGAAGAGUUCCGAAUCAAGUAUGAGGAUGAGAUCUCCAAGCGCACAGACCUGGAGUUCACCUUCGUGCAGCUGAAGAAGGAUCUGGAUACUGAGUGCCUUCGCCGGACCGAACUGGAAACCAAAUUAAAAGGCUUGCAGAGCUUCGUGGAGCUGAUGAAAACCAUCUAUGAGCAGGAGCUGAAGGACCUGGCAGCCCAAGUGAAAGAACUGUCAGUGACCGUCGGCUUGGGCAACCGCUGCCAUAUCGACCUGAGUGGCAUCGUCGAGGAAGUGAAGGCCCAGUACGACGCCAUCGCGGCCCGCAGCCUGGAGGAAGCCAAGGCAUACUCUCGGAGCCAGCUGGAGGAGCGAGCUGCUCGCUCAGCUGAGUAUGGGAGCAGCCUCCAGAGCAGCCGCUGCGAGAUUGCUGACCUCAACGUGAGCAUCCAGAAGCUCCGGUCCCAGAUUGUCUCCGUCAAGAGCCACUGCCUGAAACUGGAGGAGAACAUCAAGGCAGCCGAGGAGCAAGGCGAGCUGGCCUUCCAGGAUGCCAAAGCCAAGCUGGCCCAGCUGGAGACCGCCCUGCAGCAGGCCAAGCAGGACAUGGCACGGCAGCUGCGUGAAUACCAGGAGCUCAUGAACGUAAAGCUGGCGCUGGACAUUGAGAUCGCCACCUACCACAAGCUGGUGGAGGGCGAGGAGAACAGGAUGGACCUGCCCUCCGCCACCACUGUGGUCAGCACUGUGCAGUCCUGGCCCAGACCCGCCCCUUCCCUGCCCCACCCCUUGUGUCCCCUGUAGCUGCCUCCAAGCCAGGCCUCUCCAAGGCCCCCUCGAGAAGGAAGAAGAAGAACCACAGAGGCCCUGUGAUCCAAACCACAGAAAUGUCAGAGAAGUACCUCUCUCAGGAGUCAGAGGCCUCAGAGUAAUGCAGGAGCCCAGGAGCCCCAGGACACUCCGACUACAGUGGGAGGGACUUAAGCUAGACUCAGAAAAUCACCCCAAAACGUCCAAGUUGGGAGGGGAGACAAAGCCUGAUACAGAACUGAGAGGAGCCGGGGUUCCAAACUGGGACUGCUAUUUUGUGGAUGGCCGGGGAGAGAGGUAAGCGUCACCAGCUCCACUCCAACAUCAUUGUCUCCGUCCUCUCUUCCAACCGGCUGGGUAAACUGGAACUUGGGGAGUCAGUUUGUGUCCACCUCCCCACUCCUCUGAGGCUCUUCCUCCAACACAGGGCUCUCACCAAGGUGCUUCGACUCUUUUGCCCAAUGCUUGCCCUAAACUCCUCCCUCAAGCCUUCCCUUGCCUCUGCCUCAGAACUGGGGCUGGUGCCCGUGCCCCUCCCCAGGCUCUGGGCUGGGCUAGGAGGACCACUCGGGCUCUAUGCUGUGUCUGGACUUCCAGGGGAGGCUGGUGCUGAGGCUUGGCUUUCCUGCCCUUGGGCUCCCCAGGCCCCUGACAGUAUUAGGGAGUAAGGGGAGGUGGGGCCCUGGCCACUGGAGAUCUGAGCCUGGACCUUAGAUCAGCCUGGACAUCUUCGCCCAGGAGAGCACAGUCAGAACCAGGUGCCUCCAGCCAGCCCCCCUCCCCCUCCCUAAGGUUCUCCAGCCACAGUCACCUCCCUGUGCUUCUGGGAUUCAUCAGAGCCUGGGACCUGAGCUCUGUGCCCCCAGCCCAGGUCUCUCCCAGCCUCGACACCUGCCUUUGGUGCACUAGGCCCUCCAGACUCCUAGCCCAUCCUUGUGCUGAAACCCCAGCCCAUUUUCCCUGACUUCCACUUCUCAGGGCCCUGUUCUCCUCCGCACUGCACCACACAGCCUGGCCCCACCCUCUCUGCAUUCACUGAGGAUCCCAGGCUGCCCACCCUAAAGACUUCAUUUUCUCUUCUUCCUCCUCAUAUCCACUCCCCCUGCCUGUAGUGGGCCAUGAGGAAGGCACAGUCCAGGCAGAUCUGGGAGCUUCUGAGCCCUGAUUAGGCUGGGAAGCCCCGGUCGAUCUCCUUAAAAUGGCUCACCCAAAGAGAAAACUUCUAAUUCACCAGGAAGACCUGGGGUUGGUAGGAGUGUUACUGCUCCCCUCUCUGGGGGGAACUGGCAGGUCCAGCCUCAACUCCUCAAGCCACUUCCUCUCGCCCUCUCCCAUUCCCCAACCCACCCCUCUCCUCGCCCCUUUUAGCCUGCCUCUGAUCCCUCCAUCUCAUUUUCCAGGACGGGGUGGGCUAAGGCCUUGGCAGUGCUGAUGGGCCACCAACUCUUUCAGGCCAAAGGGAGCUGGGCCAGCUGUUCAUCCCUGAUGUCCCCAAAGAGGGUGCUGAUUGCUGCUUUCUCUCGGGCUCUUUAUUGGUUUCCAAGGGAGCAAAUCCUCAGUGGGAUGAGAUAUAUAAAGUAUAUAUUAUUUUUUCAUAACUUAUGUGGCUUUUAACUUAUUGCUUCCCUUCCUGUUUCUGCAUGAUCAGUGCUGUGUAUACUAUCUGGAAUUUAGACAACACAUAUCCCAGCCACCCCACCUGACUGGGCAGUGCCCCCCUCUCCCUGCCAAGGGAUGAAUAAAGUGUUGAGAUUUUG